GACAAGUGACAAAUGUCGCGUUGGGUAGAAUUUGUGUUAAAGUGAAAUAUUUUUUAAAAAUAUUUAAACCAAUUUUGCUCUACCUGGUUAUUACUUAUACAAAAUCAUGAAUGUAGAGUUUGGUGAUGUCGUUACCGGUGUCUCAGUAUGAAGCCCUGCUGGCUGAGAUGCGCGGUUUGAGGCGUAAAGCCCAGCGCGUCCAGCAAAUGGCCAGACCUCUACUACAAGCUGGUUCUUCACCUUUAUCAACAUAUUCACUGGACGGUGCUGUUGCUGCUGGACUCGGAGAGUUCAGAUCGAGCAACGAACAGUUUUAUAACGAUGGGUCUUGUGAACCAUUAGAUUAUACCAUGGAAUCUUUAUUAUUAGGAAGACAUAAUGGGACAUCUACUAACUAUGACCAUGGUGCCUCUAGUAGCGUCGAGGGCGAUACCACUUGUAGCGAAGACGAAUACGGGGGGGCGACGAGAAGUAGUACUAAAUUAUCGGUUAGUAGUGAACCGACACCUGAUACAAAUCGAAUCGGUGGUUUAUACCAUGGAACUUGGCCCGUAGAAAGAACUAUGUGGAAUUCGGAACCUACAAGUUUAGGAAUAAAAGGGGACGAUCGAAAUUCUAGAAAAAACAUUGGAAAUCAAAUGGAAGUGAAUAGUGUGAUGAGUUUUGCUUCGAGUUCGGGUGGUGUACCAUUAGACAGAGUUUUAUGUAGUCCGGAAAGAAAUAAAUGGUCUUCCCAACAAUUAGAAGCCAAAAUGGAUGUGGUACACAGCCUAUUAUCGAUGUUAGGAGGCCAGGACCACGUCGACAUGGGUGAAACGCUUUUAGCACUCAGUACUUGCCCCGAAAGUUGCCUAGCCAUGAGACAAUCAGGUUGUAUCCCUUUAUUGGUGCAGUUAGUGCAAUCCGAUAGGGACGGAGAGACUAGAACAAAAGCGGCACAAGCCCUACACAAUUUAGUACAUUCUCAACCCGAUGAGAAAUUGAGGAAACGCGAGAGUAGAGUUUUGAAACUUCUCGAUCAUUGUAGAGCUUACACGGAAGCAAUUAAAAACAAUUUGGAUUUCCAAUUGAUGGAAAAUAGUUCGAAUUCGGAAGACGGCGAUAGGCAUCCUGUACAAACGGUAGCUCAUCUUAUGAAAUUGUCAUUCGACGAAGGACAUAGACAGGCGAUAUGUCAGUUGGGAGGCAUACAUACGAUAGCUACGUUAGUGGAGGUGGAGCACACGAUGCACGGUAGCACAUCAACCGAAUCCCACUGUAUAUUGAUGCGUAGAUACGCUUGCAUGGCAUUAACUAAUCUCACUUUCGGCGACAGCGGUAACAAAGCCUUGUUGUGCUCUUUUAAGGAAUUUAUGCGUUCCUUGGUGGUACAACUUGAAAGUUCUAGCGACGAACUAAGACAGGUAACUGCCAGCGUGUUGAGGAAUCUAUCUUGGAGGGCCGAUUCGACAUCUAAGGAAAUAUUGAGGGAAGUCGGUUCAGUUGGGGGUCUAAUGAGAGCCGCUAUGGUGGAUAACAAAGAAAACACCUUGAAAUCCAUCCUAUCGGCAUUGUGGAAUCUAUCGGCUCAUUGUACGGAAAACAAAUCUGAGAUAUGUUCGGUGAAUAACGCCCUAGGGUUUUUGGUGGAUCUCCUGACGUACAAAACCCCCACUAAAUCGUUGGCGAUUAUAGAAAAUUCCGGGGGGAUAUUGAGGAACAUCUCGAGUCAGAUAGCCGUCCGGGAUGAUUACAGGGAGAUAUUGCGUCGACAUAAUUGUUUGCAGAUACUAUUGGAUCAGUUGAAGUCCCCCAGUUUGACGGUGGUUAGUAACGCUUGCGGAACGUUGUGGAAUCUAUCGGCGAAAUGUCGGAUCGAUCAGGAGGCCUUGUGGCAGAUGGGCGCUCCCGGUAUGCUGAGAUGUUUGAAUCAUUCCAAACAUAAGAUGAUUGCGAUGGGUUCGAGUGCUGCUUUGAAAAAUCUGCUUAGCGCUAAACCACAACAGAUGUUCCAUCAGGAGUUGGACGCUACGGCUUUGACUUUAAAUUUACCUGUUCUACCAACUUUAGGUGCCAGAAAACAAAAGGCACUAAUGCAAGACUUGGACUCGAAUCUAACUGAAACAUACGAAAACAUCGAAAAAGAAUCGCCAAUAAACAAGGAACCUAUAAAGAAAACCGAAAUACAAAAUUUAAGCAAUAACUUUUCGAGUCUCAACUUGAACGAUCCGUCGACUUCGAAUUUUCCCACCGAUCCUCGAUUGACGCCCCGUUUACCGCCGAGCUGCGGUAGCUCGAGUUUACCGUACAAACGACCGAAUUGUACGUUCAUACCGGUCAGAAACAAAUUUUCCGAUUGCGGUUACGACGACGAAAUCGACAUAUCCGAUCAACCGAUAGAUUACAGCAAAAAAUACUCGGAAACCAAGGUAGCGAAUACGGAUAAUCAGGAUACCUCGUCGCAGGAAAAGAAUUUCGGUAUGUACGCCGAAACGGAUCUGGAUCAACCGACGGAUUAUUCGUUGCGUUACGCCGAAGACGAUUCCGAUGAGGAGAUAACGAAAAACGAGGAUACUUUGAAAACUUAUUGUACGGAAGAUACUCCGUACGAGACGCCUUUUAAUUUUUCGACGGCGACUUCCAUGUCGGAUUUGAGGAUUGACGAUAAAUUAGUCAUUGAUAAUGAUAAACUCAAAGAAAGGGAAACGAAAGCUAGUAAAAAGAUAAGCGAAAGCCCCGAAGAAAAAGAACGUUGCAGCACCGAAGACAUAUCCGAUUUGAACAAACUCUCCGAUAAAAUACCGAAAUCCGAACUCAGUUCCGGCCUAAUGUCGCCGGAAAAACCGGUAAAUUACGCUGAAGAAGGCACCCCCGGAUAUUUUUCCAGAGUAAGCAGCUUCGGUUCACUAACAUCCAUACCCGCCAACGAAACCAUCAAAGGACGCAAACAAUCGACCGCAAAUACCGAAACCACAACCAAACCAGAGGAAAAAGUAUCACCUAAACCACCAACUGAAGGUAAAGCCGUCAAAUUCGAGAGGGUGGUUAAUUACGCCGAAGAAACACCCCUAAUGUUUUCCAGAUCUAGUUCCUUAGCAUCUUUGGAUAGCAUCGAACAGCAUUCCAUACACGACGACAGAAGUUCGGUGGUAUCUGAUUUCAGUCGGUUGACCAGCGGUAUAGUUUCCCCCAGUGAAUUACCGGAUUCUCCCACACAAACCGUACCCCCGAGUCCUAAACCGAGAAAUACGUCACUCGAAUUCCCAUCCGGUUCUAAAGUUAGAAUGGAAGGGAAAGUUGGUAGAACUUCGUUAAAACCGAGCGUUUUCGAAGACAACACCACGAAAUUUAAAGAAGAAAGCACCCCUAUACAAUUUUCCACUGCCACGAGUUUGAGCAGUUUGACAAUUGAUGAUCACGAAGAAAAUUGCGAACAGGCAAAUGGGGGUAGGAAAGAAGAAGACGCGAUCGAUGUAACUGAGAAAGUAGAAAAUGAAGCGGAAAAAAAGGAUGAGGAAAAGGAAACUACUCCGUCGGAUACUAAUGAUGAAUUUGUCGUUGAAUCUGAUGUUGAUGAAGAUAUGUUGGCGGAUUGUAUUAGUAUCGGGAUGCAAAAUAGCAGGCACAGCGAAUCAAAAUCGAUACUGACAUCAACUCCAACUAAAUUACCCGUUUCUAGCUUCAAGUAUACACCUAAAGGAACCACUAACAGCGGUAUUCCAACACCAAGAUCAAGUCAGAGAUUAAAUGUGCAUACAAAUCAGUUAAAAUCAUCAGAAUUCGAUAACAAUGUCAACGUUACUAUCAAUCAGGUAGACACUAUACGGACGUAUUGCACCGAAGAUACCCCCGUCAGAUUAAGUAACGCAGCUUCAAAUUCCGAUUUAAGUCUAUUAUCAACAUGCAACGACAAAGAAAGUUCCAGGAAAGGAGAUUAUCUAUCGGACGACAGCAGCAAUUUAUCGGGUGAAAACGACAACAUCCUCGCCGAAUGCAUCCAAUCGGGUAUGCCGAAAGCGAAAAAGGACGCCAAACAACUACCGUCGAAUAGUAAGUCGCCUCGACGGAAUAGUCCUUCGGCGGUCGUCGGUACGUCGUCGACGAAAUAUCCUCCCGUCGACUCGAUCAUUGGUAAUACGAGAAAAAGCGAAGCCCCGAAAGUUCGUCAGUCGGAUUUAAAUAGAAGAGAUAAUUCGUUGCCGGUUUAUUCGAACGCAGGUCGCGACGAAUUGGAAAAUUACGCCGUAGAAAAUAGUCCUUGUCAUUUUUCGUUGAGGAGCAGUUUGAGUGAUUUGACCGUCGACGGUAGUGUGGCAGCUUUGAAGAGGAAUGUUACUAACAACAACACUGAAUGCCCGUCUAAUAAAUCCGAAGCACCCCAUAGCUCCCAUAACCAAACAACAGUCAAUAAAACCGAUCAAAAUAUCAACGUUAAACAAGAAUCUAGAAGAGAAUCCUUGUCAUCGAUCAGCGUAGAAUCCUUAGGAUCGCUAGAAGCCGAACAAGCCUUAUUAGAACAAUGCAUUUCGUCCGGCAUGCCUAAAAGCAACCCCGAAAGUAGAUCGAAACCUCUAGAUAUACCGAUAACGAGGUUAACUUCUCCACCGCUAGCAGCAUCUACCAGUCCGGAUCCGAAUCCAAAAAACGUGAGUGCUGCGUCUGUUGCCGGGAACACCAAUUGCAGCUACAACGAACCUCCUCCCGAAAACCGAUCCAACGCGGUAGCAGACGUAGAAAAAAAUCAAAACGAGAUAGAGGAGAACGAUCGACGUCGAGAGGCGCGAGAGAAAAUAGAGAUCCCAAUAAGGAACAACCUCACAGAUACAUCACCGGACAAAUGCUCGCCUUCAGAAGAGACCUUAUCCCCAGACGGGACGAGGAGUGGAUCUAGAGACUCGUUACACAAAAUAUUGGAUGUCAUAGAAGACAGGUUGAUACGUAGCUGCGAAGAUUCCAAAGUAGUCGACAACCGGAUGCUAGAUCCGGACGCGAUGAUCGAAUCUCUAGAUCGGUUUACCGCCGAAUUAAUGUCCCAAGCUAGUCAUUUGAAUAAUUAUAAAGUUUCCACUGGGGAUAAUACUUGGAAUGAAGAAAUUUCCCCAAACGACGUUACUUUUCCUAGUAUAUCAGGCAGUGCACCGAACGUUAUCACUUUUAGUAACGAAGAAGAAGAUUUAAAAGAAGAAGUUGUUGAUCCUACUAACGAUUUUACAUCGUUGGAUACUUCCACGAUGACCGACAGUACUUUGAUAGCUAUAGAAGCCGGUAAAAUAGCGACGGUUUUCAAAAAUGAGGCGGAUAUGUCGAUUAGUGCCGCGUCGUUGGAAUUAGACCACGUCCAACCGCCUUCGCAGAUGAAUUCGUUGACAAACAGCGCCGUGGGAUUACCGAAAAGUCCUAAAUUACCUAGAAGAAAAAAAUCCUUACCGAUCGGUUUGAUGGUUAGACGCGCUUUGAAUAAUUCUCUAAAUAACGGUUCGAGUUUGGAGAGUCUUUCUAAUUUGGAUCACGUGAAUCCUCCGUCGGAUUUACUCGACGAUAUGGAAGGUAGUACGACGAGCGUCGCCAGUUUGCCGAUCGAUAAUAAAAUCGAUUUUAUCAUCGACGGUCCAAUUAACGAUCGACGUACCAUAUUUGAUUCGAGGCAACCUUUCAGCGAAUUGGAACACAUCAAUCCGCCGUCGUUGUUUAACGAAAUCACGGAUUUCUGUAAUUCUUUAGCCGACGUACCUACAGAGGGUAUCGGUAGCGAAACGGAAAUAUUCGAAGAUUGCUUUAGUCAAGUAGUCGAUCGGACGGACGAUACAAUCGCCGAAGAUAUACCGGACGGAGUUUCUGAAUCUAUUAUGGAAACCGCAUUGGACAACGAUGAAGACGAUACGACCAUAUUUUCAGACGCGAAAAGUAGCAUGGAGUCGACUCCGAAAAAGAUAAAGAGUCUCAGUAAAUCGAUGACUACGAAACAGAGGAGGAAUCAAGCUAGAGACCGUUACAAAACGUACACAAUAGCAGCUGAGAUGGUUAUGCGCGAAGAAAUCGACAAACAAAACGAAGUUAGCGAAGAUUUCAAAACUGCCGAUUUCGAUAGCGGUGUAGCAGACGCCGAUAGUACGACUAGCAGUUAUCUUGAAUCGUCUAUCGGCAAAGAAAAAUUAACGCCGAAAGAAAGAAGGCGAAUGGAUAGAUCCCGCUUCGAAACACAAAUAUUGGAUCGAGCCAUAACAGAUGUACUCCAACAACCAGUGAUAACUUCUACUUCUCCUCAAACGUCUAAUUCCAAUAGUUGUUCUUCCUCUCCGGCUCAAAGUCCCGCCAGGACUAAAUUGAGCAUCAGGAGAAGUUUUAUGCAAAAAAGACUCGAAAAUAAGGAACGGUUCAGGACGAGGACCAUCAGCGAAUCCAGUUUUUCUCCAGAAGUAUCGUCCGCUUCGCCACCUUUGAACGGCGAAACGGAAGUACAGAUGCAUCUACAGAAAGAAGCCAAUCGAGUAUUAAAAACUCUUCGGGACACCAAAACUCAAGACGAACUACUAGAUUGCGAGACGUUGAGUUUGGUGAGCAACGACGACGAUUCCGAGUACAAUUCUGGAGGUUCUGCGAAUUACAGAACGUAUCACAAGAGUUGGGGAUUGAAGAAAAAUGUUCCGGUUAUUGCGAACGAUAAGGAGAUCCGACAGUCGAACUCGAGUCCAUUCGUCGAGGAAUAUUGUUCCGAUAAAGAGAAAAGUGAUGAAGGUGAACAAAAAGGGAAACCGAAAAUCGUUAAACCCGACGAUAAAGAUUCUACAGAGGAUAAUGUUAUCGAAGAACAACCUAAAGGUAUUAGAGGUCGUAGGAAACCGCUUUAUUCGAAAACCGGAACCGGUACAACACCGAGAAGCAUCAAACCAGUGAAAACAGUAACUUCUAACUUGGUAAAAAACGUUACCUCGACCCUCAAAUUCGGUACAUCCUUAAAAGCAGUCGUGGAUAAACCGAAUAAAAAUGGCGUGAUACAAAGUAGGACAUCAAGUGGAUAUGGUUCUGUAUCGCCCAAAACGAGUCCUUCCAGAACACCGACCAGUUCUAAAAGUAGCCCGAAACAUGUAACAUCAAAAACUAAUCCGAAUUCUUCCAAAGGAACCCCUCCAUUGGAUCGUCAAGGUACGUUCACCAAAGACGAACAAAGUCCCAACAGUACAGUUUCUUCGACACAAAAUAAAUCGACCAGUAGGAUACCGAUGGUAUCAAAGAUUCCAUCGUUUACGUCUAAAAUAGCUUCGAAAAUUGCUACACCUUCCCCAGUUUCUAAAAUACCCGGUAAACCGCCGGUCAAUACGCCCAGAAACGGUUUCGUUAAAUCUGCCAGUUCCGAUAGAGCCAACAGGAACCCCAAAAUAUACAAUAGAUCAACAAGCGCCGACAGUAGAGAACCUGUCGUUAGAAAAAUUCAAUCCAGCCCCUCCACUCAAAGUUUGAAAGGUGACGGAAGGUCACAACAAAACGUCACUCUUAAGAAAUCUUCUAUACCGAGCCUUACACAAAGGUCGAGCAGUAAUAACAAUUUGAAUUCGAGCGGAAGUUCAGGUAGUGCCAAGAAGCAAGUGACCAGUAAAAUUGCAAGUUUAUGGAAAAAAAUCGAAGAUAGCAAAAAGAAAGUUCAAAAACCUGAUACUCGCGUGUGGAUACAUGCUGAAAAUGAAACUGAACCACCACGUUUGAUUAGAAGCAAUACUUUCGACAACAAAGACAGUGUAGGAUUGAAACCACACAAUGAAAAUAACAUUGCGAGGCUAGAUGAUAAUGUUACGACUGAUAGUUUUUAAUUUUCUGUAUAUUUAUAAGGCAUUUUAUGUUUUAGUAUUCUGUUUUUAGUGAAAGUGUUUGUCUAUUGUAAACGAUAUCGCGUUCUAAAUUGAAAUUAACUUUAGAAUGUGACGCCGUAUAUUUGUAAUUUUUGUAUUUUGAAUCUAGUAUUAUAUUAUAUAAAACUAACCUAUUUUUCCAGAUGCUCCGUAUACUGUUGUUAUUUUAUAUUCGAUGUAUGUGUAACAGUGGAAUUUUUCGUUUUUUUUUUCUUUUCCUUUGUUUGAAUGUAUGUGUCUAGUCGCAGUUAUUGGAUAAAACUGUAUUGUAUUUAUUAAUUCCGUGAUAAUUUAGCAUAAUUUGUAUAUAGGAAAUACUUGAAAGGAUAGUAAUUAGGACAUAGUUUUAUAAUAUUUGUAUUUUGAUUUAUUGAAAAUUGGCGAGCGAGCGACCGCAGUAACUCCCAUUACAGGCUGUUUUUCCCUUUUGUAUUAGAAUUAAAUGAACUCAUUUGUAAUAAUAAAUAUAUUAUGCUUCUGUUUCA